CACAUCACAUAUAUAAAUAUAGAGCUACACUUCUCUCCAUUUGCAGUGCAAUAUUAUACACCAAGUAUCAACUUAAGAUCCUAGCUGGUAAGUGAGAGCCAAAGAACAAGUUACUACUAACUGAGCAAAGUGAAUCAAGAUCAUGGGCUUUGAGAUUGUUGAGGAGGAGGAGGCCAUGAACACGGCGCAGUCGCCGCUCCCGCUGGUGUCGCUGAACCACGUCUCGUUCGUGUGCACGUCGGUGAGCCGAUCGGUGAGGUUCUACGAGGAGGUCCUGGGCUUCGUCAGCGUCAAGCGGCCGUCGUCGUUCGACUUCCACGGCGCUUGGUUGUUCAACUACGGCGUCGGAAUACAUUUGUUACAAUGCAACAACCCCGAAGAAGUGCCGAAGAAGAAGGCGAAGAUAAACCCUAGAGACAACCACAUCUCCUUCCAGUGCUCCAACAUGGACUACCUCAAGCACAAGCUCGCGGAGAUGGGGAUCGAAUACGUGACGGCGAUCGUCGAGGACGGCGGGAUCAGGGUUGAUCAGCUCUUCUUCCAUGACCCAGAUGGCUACAUGGUUGAGAUCUGCAACUGUGAGAACCUUCCUGUGCUCCCUAUCUCCACUGCACCUUUCAAACUCCCCUACUUGAAGGAUUAUCCUCCUCCUAUGCUCUCUUCUUCGAUCUACGGCGGGAAUGGAGCACUUAAGUUCCAGUUUGGGCCUUGCAGAGGUGAAGCAGAGGGUGUGAUCAUGGAGAACCUGGUCACUGAUAUGAUGGAUAUCUCCUUUUGAGUGUACUAAGGUGAGGGGGAGGAGAGACACACACACACACAUAUAUAUAU